GAAGAAAUGCAUACAAUUAUUCCUGACAUGAAUGCGGAAACAACUCACCGCCUGAGCUGUGUAGUCAGGUGUCUGUGAAUUUCCAAGCAGUGGGUGGGGUCCAUUUCCUAGCCAAAACAUUCCAAAUACCUUUCAUUUUGGUAGAAUAUAUGAUUAUUUAGUAGAAAGUGCCCCCCAAUAUGCUCCAGAAUUUCUACAUGACACUGUUCAGGAAAUGGACUCAGAAGAUGAACUGGAACUUUCUGUUGGCCCAAAUUGUGUACCCAAUCAUGGAAAUCAGUGACUGAAUUUGACCUCCAACCUGAAGCAAAUGGUUUUAAAGACCCUUUUGAUACAGAAAGAGGAUUCAUCAAUGAUGUAAAGAAGCUGAGGCAGGGAUUUAAAUUUUUAAAAAGCAGGCAUGCUCGUAGGAUUCUAGAUACGGUGAAUGGUAACUUAUACUUUGUGAAGUGUGACAUGAAGGCAUCCAUGGAGAAAAAAUUCUACAAAGUCAAAGUUGCCAUAUCCAUCCCCUCUGGCAAUAUAAAAUUCUGCCAAUGCGAAUGUGGUGCGCAAGCACUUCGCAGGUGCUGCCAUAUAAGUGGUCUCUUGCUUCAUGUGUGGUGUCAUGUAAGAAUCAACGGUUUUGAAGCUGUUUCAUGCACUUCACUCCCCAGUUACUGGAAUGCUGGAUCGUUGAAGACAAAUCCUGGCCGAAUCAAAGAUAACAGAUAUGAUUCAGUAAAAUUAGAUGUUGAACGGAGAGCCAAAUUUGAUACCAGACCGACACGAGACCAAAGUACACUUGCUAGUCAAGCAGAUUUAAGAAGUUUUGUUGCAUAUCUUACUGGAAAUCCGUACAAAACACUGUGGCAGAUGCACAUUCCGCUUACUUAUGAGGACUACUCUUGGAAAGAUGUGACAAUGAAGGAGAGACUGGUGCUACGGAUAUUAUCAAAGACAUUAAUCAAGAGCUUAGCAACAGUGGACCCCAAUCCCGAGGUAAUGAGAGAAGUGUUCUCAGGAACUAGUCACGGCAUGAGAGUUUUUGAAUUUAUGGACACAGUUGGGCAGGGUGAUAACUCAAAGUGGCUGGCUGCGAGAGGGUUGAGACUGACAGCAUCGAUCACCUACAAAGUGCUACAUUUCGAACAAGAAAAGGCCAAGAGAUCAUUUUUAAGACAACAUCUAUGGGGCCUGAAGAAUGACAAAGAAGAAACAGGAGAGAAAUCUGACACAGGGACACCACCAGCAAUUGCCCAUGGCAAGGCCUAUGAAAAGAAAGGGGUUCAGAGUACUUGCAGUAUAGGCAAAUAUUUGACAGCACUGUUUCUGUUGAUGACUAGUAUACUCAGAUUACAAUGCUCCUCGCCUUCUGGAAAUCAAGUGCCCUUUCAGCCUAAAAUUGUUGUCCCAGAAAAUUAUGAAGACGUUCUCACAGCAAAACAGAAAAGUUCAUUUUGCCUUAGAAAAAACUUGAAUGGAGACAUUGUUUUAAAAGAGGAACAUUCAUAUUACUACCAAGUGCAGUUUUCUCUUGGCAUUCUGGGAUUAGAGGAUGCCGACUUUGUCAUUUAUACACUUAAAGGGAUUUUAGUAAUUCCUAUACAAUUUGACCCGAAUUGGUGGAAUGAGAAAGCAGACAAACUGAAAAAAAUCCACCACAAGUUAAUAGCACCAGAAUAUUUUUUGAUGAGAACCCCAAGAAAUUUAUUACCAUUUACUAAGGUCAAUGUUGACAAGAAAAUCCCUAACAAAUUAUUAAAAGAGUUGGUUGGCUGUGGGGACUUCAAUCUUUUGAAGAUAUUAAUCAAGACUGAAGGGUUGGAUACAUUUAAAGAAUUGAUUGAAAGUGAAGAUCUCCAUUUGUUGACUGAGUGUAUUGAAAGGGAGGAUUUGGAUUCACUGAAAGAAUUGGUUGAGAGUGACCAAUUGAUUCACUCUGCCUCAGAAGAAACAUUUUCAAGUAAGAAGAAAGACUUUUUCAACGAUACAGAAUCUCUGAAAUAUGAUGAAUCUGAUGAUGAAGAUUCGAAUCCUGACAAGUGGUUCUUUGCAGACUGUGAAAGUUAUGUGAAUGCUAAAUCUGAAAAUCAUAAGACAGUUUUUAGAAGUGGCAGUGCUGCCCCUGACAAAACUGUACUUGGUCAAGACUGUGAUGCUUUAAGUGAGACUUAUGAUGGUGAUGGUUGUGCUGAAAAGGCUGCCAGUGAUAAUAGUGAAGGCAGUGAAGACUGUGUUGCUUACAGUGUGGAUGAGGGUAAUGCUGAAAGUGAUAAUAGUGAUAAUAGUGUAGGUAGCCUAAACAGUGUAGCUUAUAGUGUGACUUUUGAUGAAGAGGGUAACGCUUACUUCUGAAAACUUGUAACAUACCUUCCUCCUAGUUAUUUUCCUAGUUAUUUUUCUCUUCCUCUUCUUUACAGCAUGCUUUGGUGUUUCUCCUUC